ACGAACCGGUCGUUGUGUCUCAAACAUGGCGUCUCUCAGUAAGUAUCUAACAGCGAAAAACUCCUCCAUAGCAGGCGGUAUUUUGCUGGUUUUAUACCUGCUGAAACACAGAAGACGGACGCCCAGACGGGACGGUAAAAAAGGAGGCUCAGAUUUAGUGCUGAACACUGAGAAAGAUGGCAGAAAAGACCGUGCAGCAGUGGACAAGUUGUUUUUCCUCCGAAUCUUCAGGAUUCUGCGGAUCAUGGUACCAAGAGUUUUCUGCAUGGAGACUGGCUGCCUUAUCCUUAUUGCUGCCAUGUUGGUGGCCAGAACCUACUGUGAUGUAUGGAUGAUCCAGAACGGCACCAUGAUCGAAAGCGGUAUUAUAAGCAGAGACAGCAGUCUAUUCAAGAAGCACUUCUUUUCCUACAUAUCAGUCAUACCAGGGAUAGCCUUGGUGAACAACUUCCUGAAGCUGGGUCUGAAUGAGCUGAAGCUGAGGUUCCGUGAGAGGCUCACAAAGAACUUGUAUGACCAGUACCUUCAAGGCUUCACCUACUACAAAAUGGGAAAUCUGGACAACCGGAUAGCCAAUGCAGACCAGCUGCUGACACAGGAUGUGGAGAAAUUCUGCAACAGUGUGGUGGACCUAUACUCAAACCUCAGCAAGCCACUGUUGGAUAUCGGUCUGUACAUCUUCAAGUUGGCAAAUGCCAUUGGUGCUCAGGGCCCAGCCGUCAUGAUGACCUACCUACUGAUCUCAGGACUGUUCCUGACCAGACUGCGAAGGCCCAUAGGCAAGAUGACAGUCACCGAGCAGCGGUAUGAAGGAGAGUACCGUUAUGUCAACUCUCGCCUCAUCACCAAUAGUGAAGAGAUUGCCUUCUACAAUGGGAACAUGAGGGAAAAACAGACCAUUCACAUGGCAUUCAAGAAACUGGUGGACCACUUGCAUAAUUUUAUCUUCUUUCGCUUCUCCAUGGGAUUUGUGGACAGCAUAAUUGCUAAGUACCUGGCCACUGUGGUGGGCUACCUGGUGGUUAGCCGGCCAUUCCUGAACCUGUCACACCCCCGUCACUUGCACAGCACACACUCUGAGCUGCUGGAGGACUACUACCAGAGCGGGAGGAUGCUCCUGAGAAUGUCCCAGGCUCUGGGCAGGAUUGUACUGGCUGGCCGAGAGAUGACCCGCCUGGCAGGAUUCACAACGCGAAUCACUGAACUGAUGAAAGUCCUUAAGGAGCUGAAUGCUGGCAAAUAUGAACGUACUAUGGUCUCACAGCAGGAGAAUGAUACUGCAGAGAAACUCCCACUGGUGCCUGGAAGUGGUCAAAUUACCAACAGAGAUAACAUCAUCAAAUUUGAUCAUACCCCCCUUGCAACACCCAAUGGAGACAUCUUGAUCAGAGACCUCUCAUUUGAGGUGAGAUCUGGCACCAAUGUUCUUGUUUGUGGACCAAAUGGCUGUGGAAAGAGCUCUCUCUUCAGAGUGCUCGGAGAGUUGUGGCCUCUGUUUGGAGGACACCUGACAAAACCAGAGAGAGGGAAGCUCUUCUAUGUUCCACAGAGACCCUACAUGACUUUGGGUUCUCUGAGGGACCAAGUCAUUUACCCUGACACCCAUGAAGAGCAGAGGAGGAAAGGCAUCUCUGAUCAGGUAUUGAAGGAGUACCUGGACAACGUUCAACUGGGUCAUAUCCUGGACAGGGAGGGCAACUGGGACUCAGUUCAGGACUGGAUGGAUGUCCUCAGUGGAGGAGAGAAGCAGAGGAUGGCUAUGGCCAGACUGUUCUACCACAAGCCCCAGUUUGCCAUUCUGGAUGAGUGCACCAGUGCAGUGAGUGUAGAUGUUGAGGAUUACAUCUACAGCCAUUGCAGGACGGUGGGCAUCACCUUGUUCACAGUGUCCCACAGAAAGUCUCUGUGGAAGCACCACGAGUAUUAUCUCCACAUGGAUGGGAGAGGGAACUACGAGUUCAAGCCCAUCACGGAGGAAACUGUGGAGUUUGGCUCAUAAGUGACUGCUGAUGUCAGCCCCAGAUGCACUGCUCUGAUGAAACCAGUCCACUAAUUCUUUGCACUCGAGACAAGUUAGAGCUAAAAAUAGAAAAUAAUGUUUUAAAUCAUUUGUUUCCUUGUUAUUUAAAUCAUCACUAUAGUCCUGUCUAAUCAUUUAUUUGUUCAGUGUGAUUAUGAAGAAUUUGUAAUUUAUGUUGCCAACUUCUAGGUUGUGUUUUACACAAGACAUGUUUGAGUACAAGUGGAAACAUACUAUACUGUUGUAAUCAUCUCUGCACGUGCGCUCAUUUCUCACAACAGUGACAGAGGUGAACCUGUAGAGAUAAGCUAGAUACCACAGUGGUCUCAGAGGAACAAGUAUGCAUGCAUGACAGUCCCUCCGCAGCUGACAGAAGGCUGAAAGAGGCAGGUGAUCACUGUAAGGCCUGUUUGGUGAUAUCUGAACAUAACAUAUUAAAUUUGGGCUCUGUCUUUCUUUUGGACUGUUAUCUUUAGGGGCCAUGCACAUGCUGCGUCUUUAUCUGAGGUCGGAUGCCGGGUGCUGCUCUUGGGCCUACUUUGCGCCUGUGUGGAGGCAGGUUGUCUCUGAGGUUGCUAAGCAACCAUGAAAAUCAGCCAGCUUACCUGAAAUCUUGAGUGCAGAGCUGAUCUUCCAGGCAUUGCUUUUUUAAGUGUGUAGGCCUAAAAUAUUGUCAGUGGGACAGAUAUUAAGCUCUGGGUAGUCCUGCACUAAAAUGAUCAACUACUAUUUCACAUAUACCACAGACUGAUAGAAUAGAAGAAGAAAAAGAUAUCUGCUGGUUGUGAUUGGAUGUUCCUUGUCACAUGACAGGUGGUGCACACUGCUGUGUUCAAGAAGUUUAGCUGUGUCUAUAUCGGGAAGCUGCCAUCAUGCCCUGCAAAACUGGCACAAGGGACAGCUUGCACGUCACAAUCACAGACUGUAUAUAAAGGCGGAUGAUGCGUCCGCACUAACUCAAACUGUACAGAAGUGAAGCCAAAAUAGCUCAUCAUCCCCCCAUCUUGCUCUGGUAACAUAAUUCGGAGCCAGAGUAGCGAUCUCCACUGUAUCAAGUUUUGCGCCCAUACACCCAUCCAACCAAUCGCAAGCAGCACCACUGAACACGAGCCCACUGAUUAGCUCACACAUUUGUCAAUCGUGGUAAAAUCCCUGUUUUAUAGCAUUAACAUAACUAAUUUAAACCAGACUUAUUCGAAAAAUUAACACUAGAACAAACAGCAGUGUGAUAAAAACUACUUUAAAUAACAGAAACAAUCUCUGGGGAAAAAAAAGUACUGUACUUUGAGUUUUUACUUUGGCCCAUGUCCCAUCCACUAACAUGGAGAAGGUGGGGUUUAUGAACUGUACUGCAGCCAGCCAUCACGGGAUGAUACAGAUGUUUUGGCUUCACUUUUGGGGAGCUGUCACGUCAUCCAUCUCUAUAUACAGUCUUUAAAUACAGUCUAUGGUUGUGGUGGUGCUUGAGCAUGCGUAUGGUGUGUCUACACUGAAAACAAUGGAUUUGAAGGUGCAAAAAUGUGGCAUGUGUACAGCCCCUUAAUUAUCUGUGUACCUUGAAGCUUUUAUCACAUGGUUAAUACAUAACUAUAUGAGGAUAAAUGAUGUUUCUUCCUCCUCUGUCAUUUUUGCUCUGUUCAUUGCUGGCUCUUUGGCCAGGCUAAAUGAUGAUAAAACCCUCUAGGACAGUCCAUGAAGUAGGAAAACAUCCUGAGAUAAACUGGCUUUAAAUUCAAACUAAAUAUGAGGAGUAUUUUGUUAUCUCAAGACAAUAUAAUAAUGAAGCUGUGGUCACAUGAUAAAGGGCCUAAAAAAAGUCAACCACGGCUGCUCUGCUUCUGGAGCUACAGGGAGCCACAGGACAAACAAUGCACACUGGGACUGAAUGAACUUUUUCAGAGGCAUCUCCAGACUCAGCUGGUCUAAUAUGAAGGUUUUGAAGUGCUUACAGAACAAGAUGGCAGCAAACCUCGAGUAAAGUCUGAGAAAUCUGGUGGUAGGCCAGCUCUUUUCUGUCUGACUGAGAGGGAAGAGAAGAAUGCUAGAUAUAUGAGCUCACCAGAGGAAGGCUGUCUCCCAAGAGACCUGUAAGAAAACAAAAUACGACACAUGCUGCUCAUGAACUGGGGUGCUGCUCUUCAGCAUUGCUUCAGUGUUGCCACUAAGGGUUGAACCCUUCUGUAGUACUGUCUGAGGGACAGAGACUGACCUCUGUCACCAGUGGCAGCACUCCGCUCCAGUGAUUGUUUUAUUUCAAACAUUCCUCAAGUUACAAAUGUUUUGAAUGCCUAAAUGUUGUAUGCAUGAUUGCCAUCAAGGGCUCUGAUGUGUAGUUUGUGGAAGUGCAUCAGGUGGAGCUGCCAGGGUGCUGUGGACUUCAGGCUCAGUCACACCAGCACUGCAACAGUGACAUUUUGGAACAAAAUCAUUUCACUUCAAAUGAAUAUCUGUAAUGAGGAGAGUUGCAAGAAGGGAACAUUUUGCAUGAAUUUUGUGGGUUGGUACUGUUGACCAAAGUGCUGUGGAAGUGCUGACUUAGUAGAAGCUACCAUAUUAACCAUAUUGCUUCAUCUGCUUUCAUAUAACUUUGCUCCACAACAGAGGUACAAUAUGGUGUGCAGUCAGUCAAAAGGCAGUGGUCCAUUCAAAAAUCCUCCUUACAUGAACACGGGAGCACAGGGAAAAGUUUCUCUUCAAUUCCAACAGUGAAUCAAUUUAUUCACCAAAUACCAGUUUUUUCUUUUUCCACGCCGUAAGGUUCUUUUAGAUACAAGUUGUACCAUUGUAUUUAUUGGGAUUUACUUGAUUUUACUCAGGCCUCAGGAUGAGCUGUGGUUCAUGGAACAUAAGGCUGUCAGUAAGGAAACAACACAAUAAAGUCUGGUUGGCUAUGAAGUUUGAAAAAAAUCAUCUUCAGUCACAUACCUGUUAUCCAUCUAUGUGCAAUAUUUGUACUGGUUGCUGAGCUGUGUUGGACUCUUCUCAAACUGGCUUUUAAGUGAUGUAACCUCAAAUACUGAUCAAAUGGCAAAUAAUUAUUAGACAUAUCUUCCUUUUAUAAUCUUGUUAUAAACAUUUUCCAUGUAUGAAAUUCUGCAUUAAAUAUAUAUUUGUUGGGAUGUAGGAUUAAAGCUUGCUGAAUUUUGCAUAAUCAUGUGGACAGCUAAUUUUACAUGAGCGCAAUGAAGCUGAGAAUGGGGUCUAAUGUUCAAUGAUGGCUUCUGUCAGUUGAUCAGUGGUACGUGAAUAUGCCCGUCUACCAUUACUCAACACCUGUGUGUUGUGUCACCCUGAUAUACUGUAACUUUAUCCUGAAAAUGUAAAGAAGCAGCCUCAGCUCUAACCAUGGUUUUUAUAUGGAUAAUACUGUUAUGAUUUCAUACUGCAUUAAAAUAAUACGCCAUAGGACUAAUUAGAGAGAUGUCUGUCUGUCUGUCUGUCUGUCUGUCUGUGUUUUUUCUUGAUGGUUAGAGGUGAGUGAAUGAGUGUGUGUGAGAUAACAAAUAUGUCAAUGAUCAACAGAAGUGCUCCAGA